AGGUGAAAAUUUUGCUCGCGAUCGCACAACGAAGUACGGAGUGCUCCGGUGAAAAAGCUUUGAACCAUGUAAAAAGGGCCCAAAACCGAGUGAAAACUACAGGAAAUGGCCACCCAGAAGCCAGGCGAGUGGGCCAACUCACUGUUGGCCCGUUUCGAGGAGCAGCUACCAUACCGUACCGGACCGCAUGGAACGCAAGCACGACUAAGCAUCGACCAGACGAUGACCUGUUUGAUACAAAUUUCCCGCUACCGGUUUUCGUUGGUGAUCUCCGGCCUAACGAAGAUGCUACAACGAGUGAACGAAAUUUUUAUUAUUUUGCAGUUUCAGCCGCCGGCCUGCCGGGGACACGAACCGGAGCGGUGUUGCUACGACUCGCUGAUCAUCAUCCUGGAAACGCUGGAACGAUGUUUGUCGGGCCAAUCGAAAGAUACGGCUCGCUUUGAGGAGGCAAUGAACGUCAAGUUGUUACUGAGAGAAAUUUGCCAGUUUAUCGAUAUUCAAAAUGAAAAUAAUCAGAACGCAGCGUCCCUCAAGGGACUGGCAUCGAAGGUGUUGUAUGCGCUGUCGCAGAACCAUUUCGGUGCCGUGUUCAAUCGAAUCUCAGCUCGCUUGCAGGAAUUGAGUACUUGCUCGGAGGAAAACCCGGACUACAGUGACAUCGAAUUGAUUCAGCACAUCGAUCUGGACGUGAACCGACUCACCAAGUUGCUCACGGAAACGAUUCAAAAGUUUAAGUCGUUGAAGAAAUCGGCUCAUUUUAUACUGCUGAACUCACUGGAAAGAGCCUUAUGGAAUUGGAUCGAAUUCCAUCCGAAGGAGUUUGAGGAUUUACAGCGCAAUCCAAACGAGGAACUGUCUAAGGGGUGUGAGACAUUUUUCGAUAUUUUGGAUUCUUACGCGGAGAACAAGAAAGCUAGGUCUGCAGUGUGGCCCUUGCAAAUCAUGCUGCUUGUCCUAAGUCCAAAGGUGUUGGAAGAGAUUGUUAAUGCGGAUUCUGGAGCUCCAUGCUCUCCGAGGCAUUUGAAAAAGAAGCAUUUUAUGGAGGGAAUCAAGAAGGGUUUAGGAGCGCAUGCAUCCUCAAAGCAGUCCACCGAAUCGGCAGCUAUAGCAUGUGUGAAGCUUUGCAAGGCCUCGACGUACAUCAAUAUCAACGAUUCAAACAACGUGACCUUCCAGUUGGUCCAAAGUGUGAUCAACGAUCUGAAGGCAUUGCUGUUCAACCCGGCGAAACCGUUCUCUCGAGGGCAAGGAUACAACUUUCAGGACAUUGAUCUGAUGAUCGACUGCUGGGUUUCCUGCUUUCGCAUAAAACCGCACAACAACGAAGCACUGAAAGUGUGCCUCAGUCUCAACUCGCCACCAGCAUAUCAUUUCGUAAUUGUCAGUUCGUUGUUGAAAAUCGUAACUCAAGCUCGGCUACCUUGGUGGCCCCAAAUUGAUCUCGUCUACGCCAGAUCGGGAGAAUUGCGCGCUCUUUUCACCGACACGCUGAACAAGGCCACGCAAGGUUACAUUGCACACACUCCUCUGCGAAUGAUCACUUCGCUGACGCUUAAAUCGAAGGAUGCCCAAAGUCGUCUAACGCGUCCCGAUGAAGGGCCAGCUCAUAAAGCUCUACUUUUGCUGAUGGUGCGUCUUAUCCACGCAGAUCCUAUGUUGUUGCUGAAUAGCCUGGGCAAAGCUGGACACGAAGUUCAGAGUUCUACGUUGGAGCUAAUCAACGGACUAGUUUCCCUCGUACAUCAACCAACCAUGCCGGAUGUAGCCCAAGAAGCUAUGGAGGCCCUACUGGCGCUUCAUUCUCCGGACAAAAUCGAGGUGUGGAAUCCGGAGGCCCCCAUCAACACCUUCUGGGACGUUAGCUCCCAGGUUCUGUUCUCCAUAUCCCAGAAACUAAUUCAGCAUCAAAUUGCCAACUACACCGACGUGCUGAAAUGGCUGCGAGAGAUUCUCAUCUGCCGGAACACGUUCCUUCAGCGUCACAAGGACUACGCCAACGUUGGUAGUCAAAUAGCCAUCUGCCGACAGGCCCACAUCAAGCUGGAAGUGGUGUUCUUCAUGUACCUCUGGUCCGUCGACCUGGACGCCGUCAUGGUUUCACUGUCCUGUUUUGGGUUGCUUUGUGAAGAAGCCGAAAUCCGUUCCGGCUCGGACGAGCUCACCGUGGGAUUCAUCCUUCCCAACUACCACCUGUAUCAGGAUUUGUCGCACACUUCCAGCACGCUGACUACGCAGAACGUCGAGUCGCGGUACAAUUUCUACGAGCACACCCAGGGCAGGGCAGCGCUUCAGAAGAACAUCAUGUCGCUGCUGAGGAAAAUCGAGCACUGCGUCAACGGUGUUCAACCGGCGUGGGAAGAAACUUUUCGGAAUUGGGAAGUGACAUCGAAGCUGCUGCAGAACUACCCGAAAGGCAAGCCCGAAGAAGGCCAAGCCGAGGUAUUCCAUCGCAGUAUGGGGAAGCGACGAGCGAGUCAUCAAAGCUCGGAACAUGACCUAGAGGAGCAGAUCACCGAGUGGGGCAACAUGACCUGGUUCCUGUUGGCUCUUGGUGGAGUUUGCCUGCAGAAGCCCCGUAAUCAACGAUUGACGCAGAGCCAGAUGUUGCCCAUUGGAGUGAGUGGCCCUUCGCUGAUGCAGUCAACCACUUCGCUGUCCAGUUCUAGUUCCGGACGAGGAUCUAUGCAUCCGAUAAUGGGCUCGCUGGUGUCGUCGAUGGGUGGAGGCAGCCAAGAUGUUCAGUACUGUCCAGUGACGCAAUUCAUUGGACAACUUCUGCGAUUACUGGUAUGCAACAACGAAAAGUUUGGCCCCCAGAUUCAGAAACACGUGAAGGAGCUGGUUGGACAGGAAAUGUCCGCUCAACUGUACCCGAUUCUGUUCGAUCAGAUCCGUUCGAUUGUGGAGAAGUUCUUCGAUCAACAAGGUCAGGUUGUGGUGACGGAUAUCAACACGCAGUUCAUCGAGCAUACCAUCUACAUAAUGAAGUCGGUGCUGGAUGGGCGCCAGAAUAAGGAUCAGAACGACCAACCGGCCAACGCUGAACAUCUGGGAGUGACCAGCAUCGAAAACCUGAUGCUGGCAAUCGUUCGUUACGUGCGCCACUUGGAUAUGACGGUCCAUGCAAUUCACAUCAAAACCAAACUCUGUCAACUGGUGGAAGUUAUGAUGAAACGGCGCGACGAUCUGGCUUUCCGCCAGGAAAUGAAAUUCCGCAACAAACUGGUGGAAUAUUUGACCGAUUGGGUGAUGGGCACGUCCCAUCAGAUUGCUCCGCCCAGUUCGGGAGACGUGACGAUCAUAACGCGUGAUCUGGAUCAAGCUUGUAUGGAAGCUGUGGCAGCACUGCUUCGUGGAUUGCCCUUGCAACCGGAGGAAUCCGAUCGAGGUGAUCUGAUGGACGCCAAAAGCGCUUUGUUCUUGAAGUACUUCACGCUUUUCAUGAAUCUUCUGAACGAUUGCGUCGAUGGUUCCGAAGCAGACAAGGACACGAAUAACCCACCGCUUUUACCGCCUCGUCCACGAGUUACUGCUGGAAAGCUAACCGCCCUUCGUAACGCGACAAUUCAAGCCAUGUCGAAUCUUCUCAGUGCCAACAUAGAUUCCGGGUUGAUGCAUUCAAUUGAUCUGGGCUACAACCCGGACUUACAAACGAGAGCCGCUUUCAUGGAGGUUUUGACGCAAAUCCUGCAACAAGGCACCGAAUUCGAUACCCUAGCCGAGUCCGUAAUGGCCGAUCGCUUCGAGCAGUUGGUUCAACUGGUUACAAUGAUAAGCGAUAAAGGGGAACUCCCGAUUGCCAUGGCCCUCGCCUCUGUCGUUACAACGUCGCAAAUGGAUGAACUUGCCCGAGUCCUUGUGACGCUUUUCGAUGCCAAACACUUGCUGUCGCCAUUGCUCUGGAAUAUGUUCUAUCGGGAAGUCGAGGUAUCCGAUUGCAUGCAAACUCUCUUCCGAGGCAACUCCCUAGGCAGCAAAAUCAUGGCGUUCUGUUUCAAGAUUUACGGGGCUAGUUACCUUCAGGGGUUGCUCGAACCACUUAUUCGUCCUCUCUUGGAUGAACCGGUCGCCAGCUUUGAAGUGGACCCAGCUCGGCUUGAAGCCAGCGAAGAUAUCGAAGUCAACCGCAAGAGUCUGAUCGCGCUCACUCAGAAGGUGUUCGACUCAAUCGUCAACAGUGCUGAUCGCUUUCCGCCGCAACUUCGAUCGAUGUGCCAUUGUUUGUACCAAGUGCUGAGCAAACGGUUCCCGAAUCUUCUUCAGAACAAUAUUGGAGCUGUUGGAACGGUUAUUUUCCUACGCUUUAUAAAUCCGGCCAUCGUUUCACCACAAGAACUGGGAAUCGUCGGAAAACAAGUCCCCACCCAGAUCAAACGCGGAUUGAUGCUGAUGUCCAAGAUCCUGCAGAACAUCGCGAACCACGUGGAGUUCUCCAAGGAGCAGCACAUGCUUUGCUUCAACGAUUUCUUGCGAUCGCACUUCGAAACAGGUCGUCGGUUCUUCAUCCAGAUCGCGUCGGACUGCGAAACCGUUGAUCAGACGUCGCACAGCAUGAGCUUCAUCUCGGAUGCCAAUGUGCUGGCCCUACAUCGAUUGCUGUGGUCCCAUCAGGAGCGGAUUGGGGAUUAUCUGUCGAGCAGUCGGGAUCACAAAGCGGUUGGGAGACGUCCUUUCGACAAAAUGGCCACGUUGCUGGCGUAUUUGGGACCUCCGGAACACAAACCGGUAGAUUCGCAUCUGCUGUUCUCCAGUUAUGCUCGCUGGAGUUCAAUCGACAUGUCUUCGACAAAUUUUGAGGAGAUCAUGGUGAAGCAUCAAAUGCACGAAAAGGAAGAAUUCAAGACACUGAAAUCGAUGAACAUCUUCUACCAAGCGGGAACGAGUAAGGCAGGGAAUCCCGUUUUCUAUUACAUUGCUCGACGCUACAAAAUCGGGGAAACCAACGGAGAUCUACUGAUGUACCACGUGAUAUUGACUUUGAAGCCCUUCUGCCAUUCGCCGUUCGAGGUGGUCAUCGAUUUUACGCACACCUGUUCGGACAAUCGCUUCCGAACGGAGUACCUGCAGAAGUGGUUCUACGUUCUACCGGAAGUUGCCUGUGAAAAUCUGCACGCCGCCUACAUCUACAACUGCAACUCAUGGGUACGCGAAUACACCAAGUUCCACGAUCGAAUUCUCGCUCCUCUAAAAGGCUGUCGUAAACUGAUAUUCUUGGAUUCCCCAGCAAAACUGAACGACGUCAUUGACCCAGAACAGCAGAAACUCCCCGGAGCAACCCUUUCACUCGAUGAAGAUCUCAAAGUUUUCAACAAUGCUCUCAAGCUAAGCCAUAAAGAUACCAAAGUUGCCAUCAAGGUAGGACCCACCGCCCUGCAGAUCACCUCCGCCGAAAAGACCAAAGUAUUAGCUCAUUCAGUCCUCCUAAACGACGUGUACUACGCAUCGGAAAUCGAGGAAGUUUGUCUGGUUGACGACAACCAGUUCACCCUGUCGAUCGCCAACGAAAGUUCCCAGCUGAGCUUCAUCCACAACGACUGCGACAACAUCGUCCAGGCGAUCAUUCACAUCCGCAACCGGUGGGAACUAAGCCAGCCCGAUUCGGUGACCGUGCACCAAAAAAUUCGUCCAAAAGACGUCCCGGGAACGUUGCUGAACAUGGCCCUGCUCAACCUGGGAUCUUCGGAUCCGAAUCUCCGCACGGCAGCCUACAAUCAACUGUGUGCACUGACUGCGACAUUCGAUCUCAAAAUAGAGGGACAACUACUGGAAACGCAAGGCCUGUGUAUUCCCUCGAACAAUACCAUCUUCAUCAAGUCGGUAAGCGAAACGCUGGCCACGAAUGAACCGCAUCUGACGCUGGAGUUCCUUGAGGAGUGCAUCCAGGGCUUCCAGAGGAGUACGAUCGAGCUGAAGCAUUUGUGUUUGGAGUACAUGACCCCAUGGUUGGCCAAUUUGGUGCGGUUCUGCAAACCUUCCGACGAAGGCAAACGCCAGAAGCAGGUGGCUCUGAUUUUGGAGAAGUUGAUCAAUCUCACCAUCGAGCAGAAGGAAAUGUAUCCCUCGAUUCAGGCCAAAAUCUGGGGAUCGAUCGGACAGAUUCCGGAGCUGAUUGACAUGGUGCUGGAUAACUUCAUACACAAGUCGGUAAGCUCCGGACUUGGAUCGCCACAGGUCGAAAUAAUGGCCGAUACGGCCGUCGCUUUGGCUUCGGCCAACGUGCAGCUAGUGGCCAAGAAAGUAAUCGGUAGACUGUGCCGAGUUAUGGAUAAGACUUGCCAUUCACCGACCCAAUAUCUGGAGCAGCACAUGAUGUGGGACGACAUUGCCAUUCUGGCUCGCUACCUUCUCAUGUUAUCCUUCAACAACUGCUUGGACGUCGCUCGUCAUUUGCCAUAUCUGUUCCACACGGUCACUUUCCUCGUUUGCACCGGUUCACUCUCAAUGCGCGCCUCGACGCACGGUCUAGUCAUCAACAUUAUACACUCACUUUGUACCUGUACCAAACCGUCCUUCUCGGAGGAAACUCAACGUGUCCUGCGGUUGUCGUUGGACGAAUUCUCCCUGCCAAAGUUCUACCUGCUGUUCGGCAUCAGCAAAGUCAAAUCCGCCGCCGUAACAGCUUUCCGCUCAUCCUGUCGACAUCCCAACGAUCGCUGGCUUGGCAACGAACGUGUUUCCCAAGCUCCGCCUGCCGAUCGGGAACGCCUGGCUCUACCAUCACUUGAGGUCAUCACUGACGCGCUGCUGGAAAUCAUGGAGGCCUGCAUGCGCGACAUUCCCGAUUGCGAUUGGUUGCAAACGUGGACAUCGCUGGCGAAGAGUUUCGCCUUCUGCUACAAUCCCGCACUUCAACCGCGAGCUUUGAUCGUUUUUGGCUGUAUCUCGAAGAGUAUCACCGAUCAGGAUGUUAAACAAUUACUCCGCAUUCUGGUGAAAGCUCUUGAAUCAUUUAAUGAUAUUAUCCUGCUGGAAUCUCUAGUCAUGUGCUUGACGCGGCUGCAACCGUUGUUGAGACCCGAAUCACCUAUUCAUCGAGCGCUGUUCUGGGUGGCCGUCAGUGUCCUCCAGCUGGACGAGUCGACCCUGUACGCAGCCGGUUUGGCUUUGUUGGAGCAGAACCUUCACACGCUCAAUUCGCAGCAGCUGUUCGACAAGCAGAACAUUGCCGAUGUUAUGAUGGCCACUCGGGAGCCGCUGGAGUGGCACUUCAAGCAGCUGGAUCACGCCGUUGGAUUGUCGUUCAAAUCGAACUUCCACUUUGCGCUGGUUGGACAUUUGCUGAAGGGUUUCCGACAUCCCACCCCGACGACGGUUUCCCGAACUUCGCGAGUGUUGACCAUGCUGUUGGGAAUCGUGGCGAAACCGCACCGGCGAGAUAAGUUCGAGGUGACGCCGGACAGCGUGGCGUAUUUGACAGCCCUGAUCUGUUUCUCGGAGGAAGUUCGCUCCCGAUGUCACGUUAAGCACACCCUUCCGCGCUGGCCUGCAGACUCUGGAGGCGUCGGUGACGGAAGUGGCGCCGGUGAUCCAUCGGCAGCAAACGCGGCCGGUGCCAGCCAGUCGGGUGCCGGUGGGCAAAACGUUCGGCGCCAAAAGUCCUGGGACAUGCUAGAUCAGUCGGCCAUCCAAUAUGCCCGACAAUCGCACAAGGUUCAACCACAUCAGGACCCGGCUAUCAGAGGAAAAUCCUGGCGAAGUUUAGACUUAUCCCAUAAUCCGCACCUGGGAAUGAUCAGUCAUUCCUCGUUUGUGUCACACGCUUGUACUAAUAUCAAUACGACUACUACCACACUGUCCGCGUACAACACAUCCAGUAUCACAAAUAACAACAUCAACAACUCCACAAACAAUAGUAGCCAAAUUUGUGGUGGCGCCUAUCAUCGGAGCGACUUCCGCAAUCGACGCUCCUCAUCGGAACCGGUUAGCCAGGUUCUGACUAAUCCAAACAUAGCCAAACUGUUGGCUCUCAAGCAAGCUCACGUUUACUCAGGUACUAGUAUCUCCUCUGCCCCUCCUUCUGCUGCCAUUGGCUCGAAUUAUAACACUAGUUUUGCGGCAAACAUCACUACUACUAGUACUUCUACAACUACUACUGCUGCUACUACCACUACCAUCACGUCUAACUCGACUAACUUGAACAAUAGUGGUGCUAGUACCGUCACUUCUAUCACAUCCAACCUUACCUCGACUUGUACUAAUCCCGCAACUACCAAUAGUACGCUGACAAUUAGUACCGCCCAUAGUAGCGCUAGUGGCGCCACCAACAGCACUAGCCCGGCGCAAUCGAUCGAAGAUGUAGAACACGAUGAUGAAGCGAACAACUUCAUCGUCGACUGCUUGCAAGACAUUUCAGCGAUCAAAGAGCGUGGAUCACGAUCUUCGGUUUCCAACGAAUCGAAUGUGUUACUUGAUCCGGAAGUUCUUCCGGACUCGUCCACGCAGGCGCUAGUCCUAACGGUGCUGGCAACACUGGUUAAGUACGCUACUGAUGAGGCUGAGCUUCGCGUACUGUACCAAUACCUGGCCGAGGGAUCGGUCGUUUUUCCGAAGGUGUUCCCGGUCAUUCACUCCUUGCUGGACCAGAAGGUGAACAACGUGCUCUCGGUAUCCAACGAUCAGAUCGUUCUGGCAUCGGUGCAAAGCAUUAUACAGAACAUGCUGGCAACUGAAGACGCGUCCCAACAACCGCUGCACUUUUUGCAGAGUUGUGGUUUCGGAGGCUUGUGGCGUUUCGCUGGACCGUUUACUAAGUACAACAUGAUGGUCGAAUCGUCGGAGCUGUUCGUGAACUGUCUGGAGGCGAUGGUCGAGACGUGUCUUCCAGUAGAGGAAAACACGCCGAUGCCGCCAUCGCCGCGGCCGUACAAUCUGAGCUCCAGUCUGAGCAGCCUCACGCUGGGGUCCCCGACGGACAAAGCCUUUUCGUCAGAAUCCCUAGAUCACGACGGCUUUAGCGGUAGUGUUAGUUCACUGCGCAGAGCUUCUUGCAGCAAAGUACGUAGUACAAAGCAUCGAUUUGUUGACAGUCCUACACAUAACAUUUAAAAAAUGUAAACCACAAGAAAACUAAAAUGUACAAACAGUGGAUAACAAACUGAAGCUAUUAUCAACACACAAGUGAGUAGCAAUUUAGGGGACAUGAACACUGGCACAAACAUAUGAAGAACAUGAGAUGACAUUGAUAUAUUUCCCUCUUCUGUGUGGUAAUAGUAGUGCACAACUAAUCAAUUCUGUCAGAUUUUUUCCAAAAAGAAAUAACGAUUGGGAAUUGUAUGUUAUGUCCUCGGAUAAAUUUGAGCAAGCUCGAAUAUAAUGAAGACUGUAUAUUCAUAAUCAUUUAGAGGACCUACAAAUCAGAGAAAUCUGCACGUUACUUCGUUUAUUUUCAGAUAAAAAGUGAGGUAAACCUGGUAAUUAAAAUAUCCAUAAAAAAAGUCUGGAAUCAUUUCUAAUUUUAUUUUGUUUUUGAUUUUCCAUCCUAUAAAAACAUUGAACAUCUGACAGGAUUGAUUUACUGGGAAUGUUUAUAAAUGUUUGAAAGCCGAGCACAAAAUAAAAAUCCUUCAAGAAGUAUUUAACUGCAGUAUAGAUGUGCAUUUCUAACUGUGUUAUCGUCAAAAUUUAGAAAACAAAUAUGCAAAAAAGCACCUACAUAUAAAUGGAAUUUUGACCGGAAAGGUAUCUAUUUUUUUACUCCAACACUUGACAUGGACACGAACAAGCAGCGUUAAAAAUAACAUCAAUUAGUUUUCUAAGUACUUGAAUGCGUUUUGUUUAGCCACACUUGAUUUACCGGUACCUAUCAUGGCAGCACUUAUCAGUUUUCUGAGCAAUGACUUUGUACAGUUAUUUAUAUGAUUUCAUGACAAAUGUUCAGUGUAACUGGAACAAUCCAUACCAAAACGCCUACCCUGUGAACACUUUUUUGCACAGAACACAACACCCUACUGUAAUAUGGAAAACAAUGUAAGAAAAUUGUUCGUACUGAAUGACAGAAAAAGCUUACACAAUUUAAUAAAUAUUUUUACGUCUA